GGGGACGACAGCUCAGUCGAGAGCGCGCAGUAAACGAUACAACGCGAACGCGACGGGAACGUAAGCUGUCAGUGCACCAGAUCACAUUAAAGGAUGCAUCGACCGUUGCGCCACAGUGUGUGUGGAGACUGACAUUUCUCCAAGGGCUUUGCGCGCUUAUUGUCACUGCGACUGCUCUAUUGGAGUGUACGUGUGGACGUCUAGCCCCUCAGUGCCCCCCGCCCCUGUAUCAUUCCUGACGCCCGUCGCCACGGCAACCAUGGACUGCGGAUUGCGUCUGCCGCCCGUCAUCGAGGAGGUCCUGGAUGCUGCAGGUACGAGUGAGAUGGAGACAGAUGAUGUGUGCGAUCUCAAAACAGUGCGGCCAGGCAUAGGCAUCGACAUGACGGCCAAAGAGCGGGAGUCACUGGAGGAGAACGAGGACAGAGAUCAGAAGAACACAGAGGUUGGAAAUGGAGAGAAGGGACAAGAGGAGGAACGAGAGAAGAAGGAGGUCAAGCAGGAGAACACAGAGGAGGAGGAGGAGGAACAGACAGGAAUAGACGAGGAAGAUGAGCUGGAGCUUCUGAGAUCACAGGUGGUGCAGCUGCUGCUGGAGCUGGAGGAGACCAGAGAAGUGUCACAACGACACGAGGAGAGCUACAACGAGCUUCAGGGUCUACUGGAAGAAGAACGUCUGGCAAGCGCCCACCAGGCUGAAAGCUUUACAAGACAGAUCCAAAGACUUCAAGCCCAGCUGCGCUCGGUGCAGGAGGAGCUGGACAGCCUGGAGGAGGAGAAGGCCAGUGAGCUUUGGGAGGCGCAGGGGGAGCUGCGUGUAGCUCAGGAUGAAGUGCAGGAGCUCCAGCAGGCGGCGGAGGAGGCCGCAGCCGAGCGGGAAAAUGACAUCGCUCUGCUGCAGGAGGAGCUGUGCCGUCUGCGCGCCGAGCUGGAGCGUCUGCGCGGCACCACACAGGAGUACGAGCUGGAGCUGACCACGCUGAGGGCCGAGAUCAGCAUGAAGAGCCAAUGCAGGGAGGAGCGGGAGAAAGCCGCGGGUGGGGGUGACGUGGACCAACUGAUGGAGGAGUGUCGCUCUUUGAAGGACGAGUGUCAGACGUUGAAAAAUGGCAACAAGCAGCUCUCUGAGAAACUUGAGAUGCUGGAGCACCAGAGAGCCAGCUCCAGUGACUCAUAUCUGAGCUUAACAACGGAACAGAACGUUGGAUAUGACACACAAAAUGACGGCGAAAAGGAGGUGAAGACGGAAGCUCAUGUGAGCACGUUGGGGGUAGAACAAGGUGGAAAAUGGGUGGACGCCUAUACCCAGAAGAACAUCUCGUUUGAGGGGAAACCCGUCACCCCGACGGGCCGGAGUGGAGGAUUUUCGGAAGUGUUUUCCCUUAAAGACCAGCUGAAGCAAGCUGAGGAGAAAGCCUCAAAGGUUCAGAGAGAGUGUGAGGGACUCAAAGGAGAGCUUCUCGAACUUCAGGGGAUUUACGAGUGCAGCCAGAGGGAGAGGGCGGAGCUGGAGGCGGAGCUGCAGCGCUGUAGGGCGGAGCUAGAUCGGUUGGGUGGAAGGAAGGCUCAGAGCUCCACUCCUUCGUCUGAGUCCCCUAUUCUCUCCAUACCCUUCAUAGGAAUGGUUGUAAUAAUGGGCCUGAUAUGGUGCUGCUGGAUGGAGCUCUUGUCCUAAAGGGGGAAAGGAGAUUGAGGGAGACUGGAACCUGGUGAUGGUUGUUGCCGUGGCAGCAGCAGCAGUUCUACUCAUUCCCUGUUUGACCAGAGCCCUGGCCUGAGAGGUGGACAGGACGUGACGUCAUCCACAACCAUCAGCUCAACCCAUGGUACACGAUCACCUAGACCACAUUUUACCACCGAUGGGAGUCGAAACCAUUGUGCACCCGUGUCAUAUGGAAACACAGUGACAUGCUGCUUCCAAAUUUGACGCUUUUUGAUGUGCAUUGUAAUGCUGGUUGUUUGCUGUCUCAACUGCUUUGUUCUGCUUCUUUAGACAGUCAUAUUUUUUUCGACUAGCAGUGCUUCAAUCACUGAUACCAUGGAGAAGAACUCCUGCUGAUUGGUCAAGCUCCCCGUUUCAUGUGUUAUUUUCCGUCCCCCUUCCGUUCUCCAGAAACUUUUUGCCUCAUUUUUACUUUUCAACAGAAAGUUUGCACAUUUUACCUUUCUGUCUAUCAGAAAUGAUUUUGUGGAACCCAAAGGAUUACCGUUCCUUAGCAACACUGGGAUGCAGCAAAUUGAUUUUCUUAUCAUUGCUUUUCAAUUAGGUAGGAGCAUGCAGUUCUUGUUUAACCUUCUUGGAUCUUCCCUGACAUUCUUAAUAAUUCUGUAUUGUAUUGAAGUCACAAUUACUGUCGGUCAUUUGUGUUAAGGUGAAAAAACAACAUUCUUUAUACUUUUUAGGGCAUGUUUUCUUUCUUAAAUGUACAAGGCACCUGUAUGCUAUCAAAGAUAAUUCUCACAUAAUGUAUACUGUGUGUUAUUUUUAUGUUUUGAAGAAAGCUAUUGUUUAUGGCAGUGAAAGAAUCCAGAGUUUUAGAAAUUCAGGGGGAAGAGGUGAGUUAAGAUUAUCCCAGCAGGUAAAGAUGCUCUUCACUUGCGACUUAUAUUUUUGUAUCUAAAUUGUUUAUUCCAAGACAUUAAUGCCCGGUUUCACAGACAAGGUUUAAGGCUAAUCCCAGACUAAAAUUAAUGUUUGAGCAUUUUAAGGGAAUAUAACUCACCUUAAAACGACUUAAAGUAUGUCAGCGCCAUUGUUUUUUUCUCAAGAUGCACACCAGUAAUGUUUUUUACUAGGGCAUUUUUAUAAAAGUAGUUUUAAUAUCCUUAUUUCACUAAGAGUUAGUCCGGGCUUAAACUAAACCCUGUCUGUGAAACCGGGCCUAUAUUUAUAGAUUGAUUUUGUGCGUAUAGACUGAUAAAUGAUGCUAUUAAGAUUGGGGAUUAUUUUUGUACAAGGGUCGACUAAUAUAUACACUAUUGUAGCUAUGAAAGCAACAUGUAAUGAACUAGCACAGAUGUACCAUGAUUCCACUGGUGCAAUGAUAUAAUCCAAGGUUUAUUCGUUCCUUUUUGCAUGUUUGCAAUGACUGAACACUAUUAUGUAUCUAUGUAUAAUGAGCUUUUUCUCUUCUUGACGUUCAAAGUAUGCAAGAUGUUACAGAAUGCCCAAAAUUUUGGGAAGCAGUGGUUCUCAACUGGUGAGUCACAACCCAAAACAGGUUGCAGGUUUAUUUUGAUAGGAUCCCAACUGGGGAAAAUAAUUAUGAAUGCAGUAAAUCACAGAAUCAUUUAUACUGAGAACAACAAAAUAAAUGCAGUUUUUAAAAUGUACAAAUUUCUGCUGUUGCUAAGCCUUAAUAGUAUUGUCUAAUUUCCUAUUCAUGUUAUAUUACAUUUAUUCAUUUAACAUUUUGCAUGUUUGGCCAGUGUUGUUAUUAAUACAAUUUAGUGUCAGUAUUUGGAUAUUCUGUUGGGUGGCGUCUCUGUGUUAAAUCAACGUCCUGAUGCAAACCAGUUGAGAACCACUGUCAUAAAAUCAUGUUGAAGAGGAACUUUUGCUCACAAUGCAAUUCAAAUCUGUAGCAAACGAGAACAGCUAUAAAUACAAACCUACAUUCACCAAAAGAGUUCUGAUAUUAUAAAACAUGUCUUAAGUGAUGUAUCCUUAACUAAUGAUGUUUGAUGAGACAUAUGUAGCUUUUUAUGUCAACGGUCUCUGUAAUUUCCAGACACUUAUUUUGUGGAGACUUUGUAUGGACUACCAGAUUACUUUCUUGUAUAAAAUUAAUAUGACUCACAGAAUUCAUUUCUUGGUAAAUGAAUGAGUAUUGAGGUACUGUUGUUCUCUCAUGUUAAUAUCUAUUACUGUAUAAUCUUUACUGUAUGAAGACCAGUUGUAUUUUAGACUCUUUCAACAACACACAAAAAAAAGAUCUGUGUAGAAAUAUUUGCUUCUAGACGGUUGACUUGCAUUGUGGCAGUGAACUGGUGCAUCUCUGUGUAGCGUGGAUUUCAGUCUCUCAGACAUGGCGUUAGUCGCGCUGAAAUUCACUUAUUGGGUAUCUGCACCACGGUAUCCAAAGUUUGUUCCAGUGCUGUUUUACUAUCCUGUUGAUAAAUUCAGAACUCAAUGGUAGCACAACUGAGUGUUCAAUGUAUCAAUGCUUAGACUUGUUUCUAUAAGGCAGUGCAUGCCUCACAGUGACUUCUUUGUCUUAAAAAUAAAAAUGUGGUAUUUGUCCUGCACUCUA